AUGGCUCCCAUCGAGUUCAACAAACGUCGCAUCCUCUUUCUGGUCGCCGGCAUCCUAGCCUUCUUUAUUGUAUUUCACGGCCUUUCGGUACUCGACAGCGACAGCAUCAGGGAUGUCACUGCACAUAUCUCCCUCCCUGGUAUUCAGAGCCCGACUGGGCACAAGACGCCCCCAGAAUUCGAGUCGGAUGCAGACGACAUAUGGGAUUUUGACUCCGAAAGCUCUCCCGUAGCGCAAUCCAACUCCUCAACGACCGAGCCAAAGCCUGCGCAGCACUUCGACCUGCAUCCCAUUGCCCAGUUGAUGCAAGCGGCCGAUGACCGGUUUAGAGCCUACGAGUCAGGAAUAUCUACGAGCUUCAGGCAGACAGUGGAGAAAUACAGGAGCCGGUAUGGCAGACACCCUCCUCCCGGGUUUAAGGAUUGGUACAAGUUUGCGCGAGAGAGAAAUGUCUUCAACAUCGACGACUUUGAGCAGAUCAUGGACGACCUGCGACCCUUCUGGGCCGCCAACCCCUCCGAACUCCGCACCCACGCCGCGCACAUGGGAGAGGACCCUAAAUUCGGGGUGGCAGUCAUUCAUAUUCGGAAUCAUACGAUCGUGCAGGCGGAUAACCCUAGCUGGAGGUCAGAGACUAUGGAAACGGUCAUCAGCAAGUUUGUCGAGUUCCUGCCCGAUAUGGACAUCCCUAUGAACAGGUUGGAUCAGCCUCGCGUCGUCGUGCCGUGGGAGGACAUGCAAGAAAUGCUUCAGAAGGAAUACGAGACUCGGACAAUGCCUCCUGAAGUCAUGGACACUUUCUCUGUCGGCCAACCCAACCUAUUGGACAUGACCAUCCAAGAUCGGGCGCAGGACAAUUCGACCCGGCUCGACGACGGCUGGUUCUUCGCCCCGGGCAAGCAGUACAUGGACAUUGCUGCAAAAGCGUGCCCGCCAGAAUCCCCAGCACGGUCAAAUAUGACCAUUGCGGAAGCAGACAUGUUGUACAAGGAAUCCAUAGCCGGGUUUGUGACAAACUUCAAUCUGUCGUCGGAUCUUUGCACGGUGGGCCCAACUGUUCAAAAUCUCCACGGCUUAUUGUACUCGGCCAGCAGCAUUAUUGCGUCCCACAAGCUGGUGCCCAUCUUUGGAGAGUGCAAAGUCAACGUCAACAGUGACAUUCUGUUUCCGGCCAAUAUGUACUAUCGACAUGACGAUCGAUAUGACUACGACCCCUCGGAAGAUCUCGACUGGCGCGACAAACAAGACAACAUCAUCUGGCGUGGUGUCACUUCUGGUGGUGUCCAACUCGAGAACAACUGGCAGACCAUGCAUCGGCAAAGACUGGUGCAGCUGUUCAAUGGUACCCAUGUUUCGAGGUCAGGCACGGAGGUCAAGGUGCUUACGGAAAAGCUUGAUGAGCCUGAAGCAACCAAUACGACUUAUGAGCUGUAUGACCGGUUCCACCCCUCGCGGUUCGCUGAUGAACACUCUGACAUUGGGUUCGUCGAGGCCUGGGGCUGCGUACCGAAUUGCGCAUUUUACGACACCGUCUUCUCCUGGAAGCCACAGGUGUCGCUCACCGCUCAGUUCCGGUCGAAAUACCUGAUUGACGUUGACGGCCACUCUUUCUCCGGUCGCUGGCGCGCGUUCCUGCAGAGCAAAAGUCUCGGCUUCAAAGCAACCAUCUUCCGCGAAUGGCAUGACAGCCGACUUCUAGCAUGGAGGCAUUUUGUGCCUGUCGACAAUCGAUACGAUGAUCUAUACGCUUUGCUUACGUACUUCAUCGGUUAUGGAGACUCAAAGCAGGACAACGUCAUGGAUGGCGAAGAGCUCAACCCGCAGGUCUAUAUUGCGCCGCACGAGAGAGAGGCACAGAAGCUGGCCAGGCAGGGUCGAGAAUGGGCCAACAAGGUCCUCAGGAGAGACGAUAUCGAAGUUUACAUGUUCCGACUGCUUCUGGAGUAUGGUCGCAUCAUUGACGACCGUCGAGAUUUUAUUGGAUAUUCCGGCGACGGCAGUGAGUUGGAUAAGUUUGAUGCUGGGGAUGAACAUGGCAAGGGAUGGUCUUGGGGAAUUGGGGGAUGGAAGACGUGA